UCUCACUGAAAUGGCCGAGGAGAAUUUGGACAAAAAACCGGAGGUGAAACCUCCACCCGGAUUAAAGGCCAUCAUAGACCACCUGGGCCAGGCGUACCCUGCUCAGCCCAACCCGCUGCAGGUGACCACGCUGCUCAAGUACUGGCUGGGUGGCCAGGAUCCGCUGGACUACAUCAGCAUGUACAACUAUCCCGGGGAUGCGGAUCGCAACAUUCCGCCGCACUGGCACUACAUCAGCUUCGGGCUGAGUGAUCUGCACGGCGACGAGCGCGUCCAUCUGCGCGAGGAGGGCGCCACUAGGUCCGGCAUGGGAUUCGAGCUGACCUUUCGGCUGGCCAAGACGGAGGCGGAACUAAAACAGCAGAUCGAGAGCCCGGAGAAGCCCCAACGGCCGCCCACCUGGCCAGCGAACCUGCUGCAGGCCAUCGGACGCUACUGCUUCCAGACGGGCAACGGCCUGUGCUUCGGCGACAACAUCCCGUGGCGCAAGAGCCUCGACGGCAGCGCCACCUCCAAGUUGAACAGCCUGCUGGUGGCCCAGGAUCCCCAGUUGGGCUGCAUCGAGACGCCCACGGGCACGGUGGACUUUUGUCAGAUCGUCGGCGUGUUUGAGACCGAACUGGAGCAAGCCUCCCGUUGGAAUGGACGUGGAGUGCUUAAUUUCCUCCGCCAGGAUGUGCAGACUGGCGGCGAUUGGCUGGUGACCAACAUGGACCGCCCCAUGAGCGUGUUCGAGCUGCUCCCCGAGACCCUGCUGAACCUGCAGGACGACCUGGAGAAGCAGGGCUCCGAUCUGGCCGGCGUCAAUGCGGAAUUCACGUUCCGCGAACGCAAGCCCACCAGGCAGGUGAAGCAGGAGGUGGACUUCCAGGCGCUGAGCGAGAAGUGCGCCAACGAGGAGAACAACCGACCGCUGACGGAGACGCAGCAGCUGAAGCGCGAGGAGCCGAGCUUCCCGCAGUCCAUGUCCAUGAGCAGCAACUCGCUGCACAAGUCGUGUCCGCUGGACUUUCAGCCGCAGGCACCCAACUGCAUCUCGCUGGACGGCAUUGAGAUUACCCUGGCACCCGGUGUGGCCAAGUACCUGCUGCUGGCCAUCAAGGAUCGCAUCCGUCACGGCCGCCACUUCACCUUCAAGGCGCAGCACCUGGCGCUCACUUUGGUGGCGGAAAGCGUGACGGGUUCGGCGGUGACGCCUAGCGAACCCUACGGAGUACUGGGCUACUGGAUCCAGGUGCUCAUUCCGGACGAACUGGUGCCCCGGCUGAUGGAGGACUUCCGCAGCGCGGGCCUAGACGAGAACUGCGAGCCCAAGCAGCGGUUGGAGCUGGAGUGGCCCGACAAGAAUCUGAAGCUGAUCAUCGACCAGCCGGAGCCCCUGCUGCUGCCCAACGUGCUGCCCAUGUCCCUCGACGCGGCUCCACUGAAAAUGUGAAGCCGUCGAGCGCGUAGCUAGUAUUAUUUUAAUUUAAUCGAAUUGAAUCUUCCACUAACCAGUAAGUUUUACAUUUAUCUCAUCUCUCCUAACACAAUGAACGUGGCCUUUGCUCCCCGCCGGAGUCCAGUCAAAAUAUAUAGUAUAAAACCA